CAGCUGUUUGGAAAAGCCGCCGGUAUUUCUCCACCUGGCUCUCCUCUACCUCCAGGCAGGCGCACCCGAGGUCCCCCUCCCACCCCACCUUCUGCCCUCCCGCACACUUGGACCACCGCUGUUGACCCGGAAGCGGACAUUUCUGCAGCUAUUCUAAGCACACGUCGGCGGAGGGAGCGGGACGUGGCCAGCGGUCAGCGGCGAAGGAGGCAGGCCCUGCGCGGGGAUCACAGAAGCCCUGUGAUUCACCAUGAAGUUCCAGUACAAGGAGGUCCAUCCCUUUGAGUAUCGGAAAAAGGAAGGAGAAAAGAUCCGGAAGAAAUAUCCGGACAGGGUCCCGUUGAUUGUAGAGAAGGCUCCAAAAGCAAGGGUGCCUGAUCUGGACAAGAGGAAGUACCUAGUGCCCUCCGACCUUACCGAUGGCCAGUUCUACUUUUUAAUCCGGAAGAGAAUCCACCUGAGACCUGAGGACGCCUUAUUCUUCUUUGUCAACAACACUAUCCCUCCCACUAGUGCUACCAUGGGCCAACUAUAUGAGGACAGUCAUGAGGAAGAUGAUUUUCUGUAUGUGGCCUACAGUAAUGAGAGUGUCUAUGGGAAAUGAGUGGUUGGAAGCCCAGCAGAUGGAAGCACCUGGACUUAGGGGUAGGGGAGGGGUGUGUGUGUGACUUGGGGAAAGAGAGGGCGGCUCCCACCGCGAGGAGACAGAAGGUGAAGACAUAUAGAAACUUUACACCGCACACACCGUCAACACAUUUUCACAUGCUCAACUGAUAUUUUUUGUUGCUUCCUUGGCCCAGGGAGAAAGCAUGUCAGGACAGAGCUGUUGGAUUGGCUUUGAUAGAGGAAUGGGGAUGAUGUAAUUUUAUGGCAUUCCUGAGAUUUAAUUUUUGUGCAGUUUCAUAGAAGGGUCGGUCAGGAGGUGGACAAGUUGGGGUCAGAGAUGAUGGCAGUCCAGCAGCAACUCCCUGUGCUCCCUUCUCUUUGGGCAGAGAUUCUGUUUUUGACAGUUGCACAAGACAGGUAGGGAAAGGGGACUUGUGGUAGUGGGCCAUACCUGGGGACGAAAAGAGACCCACUGUAAUUGAUGCAUCGUGGCCCCCGAUCUUCCGUGUCCCACACUUCUUUUCUCCCAUCCCAGUUGCAAUCUCACUCACAAACAUCACAGUGCCACCCCAGGGGCGGCAGUAGACACCAACCCAGAAAUUUAGACAGGGAUCUCUUAUCUUUGGAAAAUAGGGGUUAGGCAUGAGGGUGGUUAUGAUUAAGAAGAUAAUUUUGUUGUUAAAUAGCAUUAAACUGGAAUUGACAGAGUGAGUUGAGCAUCUCUGUCUAACCUGCUCUUUCUCUCUGGUGCUCCUCAUCUCACCCCUACCUUGGAAUUUAAUAAGCUUCAGGCAUUUCCAAUUGCAGACUAAAACCACUUCUACCAUCUCCUCUAGUAUUUUCCAUGUAUCAGGACAGAGAUGUCUUAUGUAGGGAAGGGGCAGGUAUGAAGUGAGGUAGAUUAUCUAUACCUCUCACUCAUUCAGGAUUCUCGCUCCCAAGCUGCUGUCCCUUCAGUCUCACACUCACAGGAAUGCUAUGUGAUGGCCAGCUGCUUCCCUUCUUGGUUAUCCACUGCAGCUGCUAGUUAGAAAGGUUUGCAGGGAUGACUUUUAGUAAAUCAUGGGGAUUUUAUUGAUUUAUUAUCACUUAUAGGAUUUUGUGGGGUGGGUGUGGGGAGCAGGAAUUGCACUCAGACAUGACAUUUCAAUUCAUCUCUGCAAAUGAAAAGGGUUCUUCCUCUUGGGGGAAAUCUGUGUGUCAGUUCUGUCAGCUGCAAGUUCUUGUGUAAUGAAGUCAAUGCUGUCAGGCCAAGUGAAGGGAAAAGAAAGAGAGAUCAGACUGUUACUGUGUCUAUGUAGAAAGGAAAGACAUAAGAGACUCCAUUUUGAAAAAGACCUGUACUUUAAACAAUUGCUUUGCUGAGAUGUUGUUAAUUUGUAGCUUUGCCCCAGCCACUUUGACCCAACCACUUUGACCCAACUUGCAGCUCACAAAAACAUGUGUUGUAUAAAAUCAAGGUUUAAGUGAUCCAGGGCUGUGCAGGACGUGCCUUGUUAACAAAAUGUUUACAAGCAGUAUACUUGGUGAAAGUCAUCGCCAUUCUCUAGUCUCAAUAAGCCAUGGGCACAAUGUACUGUGGAAAGCUGCAGGGACCUCUGCCCUUGAAAGCGGGGUAUUUUCCAAGUUUUCUCCCCAUGUGAUAGUCUGAAAUAUGGCCUCGUGGGAUGAGAAAGACCUGACUGUCCCCCAGCCCGACACCCGUAAAGGGUCUGUGCUGAGGUGGAUUAAUAAAAGAGGAAAGCCUCUUGCAGUUGAGAUAGAGGAAGGCCACUGUCUCCUGUCUGCCCCUGGGAACUGAAUGUCUCAGUAUAAAACCCGAUUGUACAUUUGUUCAAUUCUGAGAUAGGAGAAAAACCGCCCUAUGGUGGGAGGCGAGAUAUGUUUGCAGUAAUGCUGCCUUGUUAUUCUUUACUCCGCUGAGAUGUUUGGGUGGAGAGAAACAUAAAUCUGGCUUACGUGCACGUCCAGUCAUAGUACAUUCCCUUGAACUUAAUUAUGACAUAGAGUCCUUUGCUCACAUGUUUUUUGCUGACCUUCUCCUUAUUAUCACCCUGCUCUCCUACUACAUUCCUUUUUGCUGAAAUAAUGAAAAUAAUAAUCAAUAAAAACUGAGGGAACUCAGAGGCCGGUGCCAGUGCAGGUCCUUGGUGUGUUGAGUGCCGGUCCCCUGGGCCCACUGUUGUUUCUCUAUA